AUGGCAGGGACGUCGCGACAUGAUCGGGAGAUGGCGGUGAAUGCCAAAAAACAGCUGUCUGUAUGCACAGACCCUGUGGAUCGACUGAGGAUGCAGUGUCUCGCACGAGGCUCUUCUGGCAUCAAGGGUCUGGGCAGAACAUUCAGGAUAAUGGAUGAUGACAACAACCGUAUAUUGGAUGUGAAGGAGUUUAUGAAGGGGCUUAAUGACUACGGUGUCCUCAUUGAGAAAGAUGAGGCCAUGACAAUGUUUCAACGUUUUGACCGGGACAACAGUGGACUCAUUGACUUUGAUGAAUUUCUCCUCACUCUCAGGCCCCCGAUGUCCAAUGCCAGGAAGGAGGUGAUCAUGCAGGCCUUUAGGAAGCUGGAUAAGACUGGUGACGGGGUGAUCACUAUUGAAGAUCUGAGUGGGGUUUACAACGCCAAGUACCACCCCAAAUAUCAAAAUGGGGAGUGGACAGAGGAGCAAGUAUUCCGCAAAUUCCUGGACAGCUUCGACUCUCCUUACGACAAGGACGGAAAGGUCACCAUGGAGGAGUUUCUCAACUACUACUGUGGAGUCAGCGCCUCCAUCGAUAGUGAUGUCUAUUUCAUUCUCAUGAUGAAAAAUGCAUGGAAAUUGUGA